AUAGAAUUUAAAUAUUGAAACCGUCCCGUUAGUCACACGUAUAUAAUGUAGAGGAACUGAGAAUGUUCUUUAGUUUGUCUCCAUUUAACGCUGUAGACGUACGUGGAUCCAGUUAAUAAAUAAAAAUAUCAAUUUAAACACAAUGUCUCGGGUUUGUCACGCUGCCGGUCACAAGUUCAUACCGAAUCAAAUUAAAGAGGACGAUCUGUAUGGAGGAAUAUCGAACGUUCUUUCAGUCAUAAGGCCCGAGUGGCCUUCGGAGAACAUUAAAUACAAGUUAUUUACUGAUGGAAUAACAAAUAAAUUAGUAGCUUGCCAAUUAAAAUCAGGGGAUGAAAUUUUGCUCGUAAGGAUCUAUGGAAACAAAACGGAUCUCUUGAUUGACAGAGAUGCUGAAAUAAGAAACAUCACCCUGUUAAACAAAGAGGGUUUGGCGCCAAAAAUAUAUGGUGUUUUUAAAAAUGGUCUAGUCUAUGAAUAUUACCCUGGGGUGACUCUGAACACGGAAACUGUUACAGACACUAAAAUAUCAACAUUGGUCGCACGACAAAUGGCUAAGAUGCACAAAGUACAACUCGGACCUGAAACAAAGAAAGAGCCAAUGAUUUGGGAUAAAAUAGAACAAUUCCUGAAACUGAUUCCCGAAGAAUAUUCAGAUCCUCACAAGCAGUCCAGGUUCGAGCGCAGCUUCGGGUCGUCGUCCAGGCUGUGGUCGGAGUACCGCGAGCUGCGGCGGCGGCUGGCGGAGUGCAGCAGUCCGCUGGUGUUCGCUCACAACGACCUGCUGCUGGGGAACGUGGUGCACGACGAGCGAGCAGGGGCCGUGGCCUUCAUAGACUACGAGUACGCCGGAUACAACUACCAGGCCUUCGACAUCGCCAACCACUUCAACGAGUACGUCGGUCUCUCGCUGGACGACAUCGACUACUCCCGCUACCCGUGCGAGGAGUUCCAGCGCCGCUGGGUCCACACCUACCUGUCGGAGUUCGAGGCCCGCGAGGUCGGCGAGGAGCAGGUGUCGCGCGUGUGCGACGAGGUGCGACGCCUGGCACCCCUAUCUCACUUCCUGUGGGCCGUGUGGGCGCUGGUCCAGUAUCACCUCUCAGAUAUUCACUUCGACUUCUUAAGAUACGCUGAGAUACGACUCGGGAGGUACUAUGAGCUGAAGGAGGAACGUGACGCGCCCUGACCUGGGUGGGGGAGAGGAGGGGAGGAGAGUGGGGGGGGGAGCGGUGGACACCUCACAUAAUAUGAUAUAAAUUAAA